GGGCGCCUAAGCGCCACCGCGCUGUGGACCAGCCCGAGCAUCUUCAUCGCGAGCUUUGGACUUCUGGCCUCGCCUCGGCACGAAAUGGACCCCAACUGCUCCUGCUCCACGGGUGAAUCCUGCACCUGCCCUGGCUCCUGCAAAUGCAAAGAGUGCAAAUGUGCCUCCUGCAAGAGGAGCUGCUGCUCCUGCUGCCCCGUGGGCUGUGCCAGGUGUGCCCAGACCUGCAUCUGCAAAGGGGCAUCGGACAAGUGCAGCUGCUGCGCCUGAAGUCGGGGAGAGCCUGCUCCCGACGGAAACAGAGCAACACGUACACGCACACGCACAGACGCACACACCCCUGCAUUUUUACACAUCGUUUCCUACACUCCCGACCUGUUUGCAACCUAUGAAAUCUGUGAAUGCUAAUAAACGUUGUUGACUCGA